AGCAGAGCAAAGCUGUGGAGCCUGAGCUCUUAGCAUCCCUCAGGCCCGCUGCUUGCUGGGCUUCCUUAACUUUGGGCGGUGAAGGGUGAAACUGGAGCCUGCGCUGUAGGGUCAACUGGUACCCAGGAGAAUGAAACAGGCCCUCGUGGACGAUACUGAGGAUGUGUCCCUAGACUUCGGCAAUGAAGAGGAGCUGGCUUUUAGGAAGGCCAAGAUCAGGCACCCCUUGGCCACCUUCUUCCACCUGUUCUUCCGCGUGAGUGCCAUCAUCACCUAUGUGUGCUGUGACUGGUUCAGCAGGAGCUUCGUUGGCUGCUUUGUCACUGUGCUUCUCCUACUGUCCUUUGACUUCUGGUCUGUGAAGAAUGUGACUGGAAGACUCAUGGUGGGUCUUCGAUGGUGGAACCAGAUCGAUGAGGACGGAAAAAGCCACUGGGUAUUUGAAGCCAGAAAGGUACGCUCUGAGACAAGACGGACAAGAACUGGGGCCUCUCCAAACCACAUGGCGGCCACUGAAGCAGAGGCACGCAUCUUCUGGCUCGGCCUCAUCAUCUGCCCCGUGGUCUGGACCGUGUUCUUCUUCAGCACCUUGUUCUCCUUGAAGCUCAAGUGGCUGGCUCUCGUGAUCGCUGGGAUUUCCCUCCAAGGUGCCAACCUCUACGGCUACAUCCUUUGUAAGAUGGGGGGCGAGGGUGACAUCAGCACAGUUGCAGCCAGCUUUCUGUCCCAGACAGUGUUCCAGACGGCUUCCCCAGGUGACUUUGAGCAGCCCAGGCUUGAAGGACUGGACAUCCACCAGCGUUAGGCUGCUGUGGCUGGUGAAUCUGGGGCUUCAAUGAAAAAAGACUGGCCUUUGUCACAGCUCUUACCUUAAAGAGACAGAGAAAAUGAGACCCUUGUGAAAGCCUCACUCUUUAUGCUGGCUGUGUCAUGGCUGCCUGGGGCUCCCCACCCAAGGAGAGCAACGCUGGGGAACACAAUGGAGGCCUCAGCUUGUCCCCACCCCCAGAAACCCUGCUUCUCUUUGUUGCUGCAUGUGGCAAAGGCAGAUUCCAGGCCCGAAGAACUGUCUCUGCUGCUCUGGGUGGGCCAGUCGUCUGCAUUGGAGAUCCACUAACUAGCAGUCCAGGAAAAUGAGAAUACAGGGAAGGGAAUGAGGGCUUUCAAUAGAGACAGCGAGUGUGUGGGCAAAACCUCAAGGACUAAGAAGGAAAUGCUGGCAGUGUGGAUAGAGUAUCUCUCCAGAAACACACGCUACCAGGACAGGCCCUGCAGUGCACACACCUGCCCUCUGCUCUCUUCCCCAUAUCAUCUCAUCUUUAUGGUCACCCACACUGGGGUGCAUCAGUCGGCUGGUCCUUCCCAUGUAUAUGCAGGCAGGCAUGUGUGCAUGCACAUACACACCAUCCCAGGACCAUAUGUAACCCAAAGGAGACACGGCUCUCUGGCUGUGAACCUCCCUUGUGCCCAGGUUCCCAUGUUGCUACCUGGCAUACACUAGGCCCUGCUCAAACAUCCCAGUCCCAUCUUCCCUGACAGGAAAGACAGCUCCCAAACUUGGGUGCACAGCCACCUGCAGCUGAGCCCAAUCUGGUCCGGCUCCUCCCUCUCAGACUCAGGCACCCCGCACUGCUCCACUGACAGGUGAGUCUUUUCAUAGGCACUCACCACUCAGACAAGCUCAACUCUGACCUUGGGGAAGCUGAGCCCCUGCCUGUCUCCUCUUGCCCACACAAGCUGAUAUCCUGGGUGAGCCUGGGAUGGAGACAGGUGUACACCUCUUCCUCAGUUCUCAGAGUGCAAAUAUCAGGAUCCAAAAUACUCAGCAUGGUCCCCAACAGCAUGUCAGUGCCCACUGAAGUGGCGCAGAGAGGGCUGUCUCGGUGUGCUUGCACCCUGCAGUCCUAGGGGCAUGUGGCUGGGAUUUCAUGGAGGUGGAUCUGAGGAACCUGCCCCAGGCCUCACUGCUUCUCUUCUGCGGGUCCAGCUCUGACCCACCAUUCCUGCUCCUACAAACCACACUUCAAGCUGCUAAGAUGACUGCACAAGCAGCAUGGGCCCCAGACUCACCUAUGAGUGGAUCCAGCGGCACUUUGCCCAGGAGAGGGAUCUUCAGAUCCUGGCACAUGGCCUCUGCACCCCCGGUUGUGGGAGGGAAGAUCUGAGACUCCUUCUGUGAGGCAGAAAAAGGAUGCAGUGUUAUUCUGCUUCUAUUUCCUAGGACACUCUAGUUUCCAGAUGUUGCAAAACAGUGGUUUAUUUUGGAUGUGAAACUCAGGCAGACAAGGGCUUGAUGGAGACCCCUCCCUUCCUGACACAGCAGAGAAAGCAGAAACCUAGAGACCACCCCUGCUGUUUCCCUACUAGGUCAAGGGUAUGCAGCGGGCCUGCCCCUGGGACCCUCACCUUGCAUUUGGGGCAGAUGAAGCCACUCAUGUUCUCCACCACACCAAUAAUGGGCAGCUUCACCUUGUGGCAGAAGCUGAUCUCUUUCCGGACAUCCUGGAGGGCCACCUCCUGACAAAGUUCACAGAGAAGUUAUCCUACGGCCUCAGGGCACUGAAAGACACGUGUGUGGUCCAGGGGAUGGCCGUGAUGCUGUAGGUACACCACCAUGGUUUGGUGCUCAAUCACCUGAGGGGUGGUG